AUGGCAGCUCCUCGUACCUCCCACUUCACAGCUGUUAUUCACAUACUUCGCUAUGUCAAAGGCACCAUAUUUUAUGGACUACAUUAUCCAUACAACUCUUCACUUGAAUUACAUGCCUAUUCAUAUGCUGACUGGGGUGGUAAUCCAUCUACCAGAUGUCCCACGACAGGUUUUUGUUUCUUUCUUGGUGAUUCUCUUAUCUCUUGGCGUAGUAAGAAACAAUCACCAGCUUCUAAGUCAACUGCCGAAUCGGAAUAUCGAGCUCUUGCCGACACCACACAGGAAUUGAUUUGGCUACGAUGUUUACUUGAAGAUAUGAGUGUAACUCAUUCUCCAGCCACUUCUAUCUAUUGUGAUAGCAAAAGUGCGAUAGACAUUGCUCACAAUGAUGUUUUUCAUGAACGUACUAAACAUAUCGAGAUCGACUGUCAUUUCACUCGUCAACAAGUUGCAAAAGGCACAGUUUGA